UCCACAGAGCAUUUCCACUUCAACGCAGCUACAAUGGGCUUUCUUUGCUGAGCGAAGUUGAGUCAACAAGCCGGGAAACGCGCUCCUUGGAUUCAUGUGGCACCUUUACGCUCACAGCUUUCUUUUCUACUGCGCCGAGGGACUUUCAACUGAACUCGGUGGCGAUACAAACCCGUUGUGCUUUGGGGGAUGUGUUACUAGACUAUAGUUGAGUUCCAACCACUAAAAACGACCAGUCAUUAAGUAGUCUACCUGCGAAUCUGCUGCAGGAGGGGGGAGUUUUGCCAGCAAGCGGGACACUGCAGAGUACCUAAACAGUGAGGGAUCUGUACAGAAGUGAACGAUGCUCAGACUGGAGACCAUCAUUUGCACUUUUUCUGUGCUGUCUGUUGCGGCAAGAGCCGAAUUUAAAGCGAGGAAUUGCAGCGAGGUGAGGGAGGCUUGCAUCGCGAAAGGCUUCGGCUUCUCACAUGUUCCCCAUCAGGAGAUCCCAGGGACACAUCUUCGUGUAUGUCUUCAGGGAAACACAUGUUGCACCGAAGAAAUGGAGGACAGAUUUGGCCAACAGAGUAAACAAGACUUUGAGAAUCUGGUUGAUGAAAUGAGUCACACACUGAGAAGCACCUUUGUUUCGAGACAUAAAAGAUUUGAUGAAUUUUUCCUGGAGCUGCUGGAGAACACGGAGAGGUCCCUGAAUGACAUGUUUAUGAGGACUUACGGCAAGCCUUACAUGCAGAAUGCAGAGGUCUUUGAGAACCUGUUUGCUGAACUGAAGCGCUAUUACACUGGAGGGAAUGUUAACCUAGAGGAAAUGCUUAAUGACUUUUGGUCACGGCUGCUGGAGCGUAUGUUCACGCUGCUCAACUCCCAGUAUGUCAUCACUGAGGACUAUCUGGAGUGUAUCAGUAAGUACACCGACCAGCUGAAGCCCUUUGGAGACGUGCCCAGGAAGCUCAAGGCUCAGGUUACCCGCGCAUUCAUCGCUGCACGCACAUUUGUCCAGGGGCUCUCCGUUGGCCGGGAGGUAGCCCAGAGAGUGUCUAAGGUUAGCAGCACUCCAGCAUGUAUUCGAGCAGUGACAAAGAUGCUGUAUUGCCCCUUUUGUCAGAGUAUGCCAGGAGUAAAGCCUUGUAAGAAUUACUGCCUGAAUGUCAUGAAGGGCUGCCUGGCCAAUCAAGCUGAUUUGGACCCAGAGUGGAACCAGUACAUCGAUGCCAUGCUGCUGGUGGCGCAGAGGCUAGAGGGACCUUUCAACAUUGAGUCUGUCAUGGAGCCUAUUGAUGUCAAGAUUUCAGAGGCCAUCAUGAAUAUGCAAGAUAACAGUGCCCAGGUCUCCUACAGGGUCUUUCAAGGCUGUGGUCAGCCAAAACCCGCAGGAAUCACUAGGUCUGCUCGUGGUGUUUCGGAUGUGUUCAACGCCCGCUUCAGGCCCUACAGCCCAGAGGAGCGGCCUACCACUGCAGCUGGCACAAGCCUAGACAGACUGGUGGUUGACAUAAAAGAGAAACUAAAGGACUUUAAGAAAUUUUGGUCGAACCUGCCUGAGGCGAUGUGUGUAGACGACAGAGUGACCGCUGGAAAUGCCAGCGAAGAGGAGUGCUGGAACGGACACACCAAGGGCAGGUACUUUCCUGAGGUCCAAAAGGAUGGCCUUACCAACCAGGUGAAUAACCCUGAAGUGGGUGUUGACAUCACACGUCCAGACACCCUCAUCCGUCAGCAGAUCAUGGCUCUGAGGGUGAUGACUAACAAGCUGAAAAAUGCCUACAAUGGCAAUGAUAUCUACUUUCAAGACUCAAGCGAUGAAGGCAGUGGCUCAGGCAGUGGCAGCGGCUGCACAGAGGUCUGCCCCACAUACAUGGACGGUACGGCUGCGACUGAAAUCCCCGUGGUGAGAGCCGACCGGAGCGGGCCUGUGGAUAACUCUGCCCCGCUCUGUGCACCGUCUGUAGCACUGCCAACCGUGCUGGCCCUUUCAGCCUUGGCACUUCAGCGACAGUGGAGAUAAUGCUAGAGGAACAGGCUAAACAUGGACAGCAGGGGUUUUUUUUUUCCUUUUUUUCCCUUUUUUUGCAGUUUUUGUAUUCAGGCAGAUUGGAGCAGACAGCAUUCAGACUGCCAGCUUCAAGGCAAGAGGAGUCUGCUCUGAAAAAGAGAGCAGUCAAGCAUCAUGAGUUCCCACUUUCCCAAAGAUUGUGCAGUGCCAUCCUUAGACUUGAUAUGUUUUGGCAUCACUUCACCAUCUAACAGCGAUGCCGCCCCUACUAACUCUGCUUCUGAGAUUUUAAUAAAGGUAUUAUUGUAGGUCUUAAUGUGGAAAAAUAUAACACGCACUUUGAUUGUUUUGAUUUUUUUUUUAUUGCAAAAAAAAUAGUUUGUGUGUUGGAAAAAAUGUUGAGAAUGUGGUCAUUUUAUACACGUAUUAUUUUUUUAAAGCAAAGGAUCCUUUGAUUUGAUCUGAAUGGAACAUGUGGUUUUAACUGACACCUUAUUCCAUUGUCAUGAACUUACGUGCCAAUUAUUCAUUUCUGAUGAGAAGCAAAAGUAUUUAUCAAAACAUAAUGCUGUCAUGUUUAUUUUUAGAUCAAAUGCAGCUUCUAAAUUGUGUUUCACAAUCACUUUAACUGUGUCAUGUGGCAAGAUUGUAGUUAACUAUGUCAUGAGUUGGUUAUGCAUCUGCACAGCUUUUAGCUAUUCUCUUAAAAACCUUUCAGCAGCUGCCUUGUGCUUAAAGUCACUGUUAGGGUUAAGAUUGACAUUUUAUAUACUAAUUUGCCUUGCAGCAAAUUCAUUAUGUGCAGAAAUAUUCUCAUAUCAAACUGGAUCCUUAGGCUUCAAGAGUAGAUAGCCUGGACAGAUUUAUUAUGGAGCAGUUACUCACAUUUAGAGAAGGUGCCGCUAAUAUAUGGGUUAUGCUGUCAAGGUAGAUGCUGCCUCUGCAGCGUUGUGGUGUGCAUGUCCUGGUAUAAAAUAUAUUUAUACCGUGUCAAAUAUUGUGAUUGAUAAUAUAAUUAGUAAGUUAAGGGUGGCACAAUGGGUCUCAUGCAACCACUAAAAUGUAAAAAUGCAAACCACUCAGUAAAGGAAUAGUGCCUAAAGCUAAUCAAAUACAAAUGUAAAAGAGGUGUUUAAGUGCUGCACACAAGUGUUCUUCUCACAGCACAGAGGAGGUCAUGUGAAGUCACUGAAAAGCAGGAUUAUGUUCUUUAACUGUGUAAAUGGACGUUUACCAUUUUGCACUCAAAGACGAUUACUAUCAGUUCUUGUGCUGCUGUAACCUCGAUGUUAAUUUACAGUAAUUGGGGCUUUUAGCAUUUUCAAAAAAUACUCUAGAAAUAUUUACAGUAUUUUGAGAUGAUUCAUUAAUACUGUAAAUGUUGUUUUUCCUCUAUUUUUAAGGUUCAGUAACCAAAGCAUAUUCUGUGUGUAAAUGAACACUGUAGCAGCAAAACUAAAAUACUGUGUGACAGUAUUAACAAGUUGAAAUUACAAAUUUUUA